AACUAAUUCAAGGCAAGAAUCGGAACAAGGAUCUCAAGAGGAGCCGCCUUCACCUUACGCACGCGACAACUUACAGGCUCCCUUGCAUUUUGGCCUGUCCUUCCCCCUAGCUCUAUUCCUAUUGGCAAACAUGAACCGCCUCGUCCGUCUGGUACCAGCAGUAACCCGGGCUGUAGGAGUCACCCCUCGUGCCGCCUGUGCCAUUCCUACCAUUGGCCGUCGUACCAUGGCUGGACCUGCUCUCCACACUGACCUCGAUGCCACCCUGGCAAACUACCCAACGGCGCAUGACCUUGACCCCUCCGACAAGUCUGACUACGAGAAGUACGUUACCUACUGGCGCCGCCACUUCCAAAGCGUGGAAGAUGACUUUGAACUGGAGAGGGGUCUCAACCACAUCUUCUCCACCGACUGGGUUCCUUCCGUCGAGGUGAUUUCGGACGCCCUCCAGGCCACACGUAAGCUUAACUCUUUUGCCACAGCUGUACGGUUGUUGGAGGCUUUAGAGGGAAAGGCACACAGCAAGGACCAGUAUGCGAAUUACUUGAAGGAGCUUAAGCCCUUGUUGGAGGAGUUGGGUGUGGUUGAGAAGAAGGACUUGGGUGCUUUUGAUUUCGUAAGGGAGAAGAGGUGGUGGAUGGAAUAGAUUUGCACAUGUUUUUUUUUGAAAGAAUAGCAUGGCAGAAAUGGCGCAGGUGUACUAGAUCCGCGUCAAUAAAAUAUGAUCACUCGAUUCACAUCCAUUUGAUUGCUCGUAAUUAUUUUAAAAUACUUGUUGACUAUCACUGUGAUUGCACAGUGCAAUUCUAUGCUCUUGGAAUGACCCACGGUUGCCGUUGAAAAUGUGGAUGACAAUGUGGAUUGUACUACAAUAUCUGGGAUCGCUCAUUGGAUAUUUCUUCCCACCAG